CCUGAAAAGGCGGGGGGGAGCCGUAGGGGAGGCAGAGAAGGCGAGCGAGGCACCGGCCCGCAGCCCGCCCCCAGCACAUCCUCAGAUGCGCAGCCCCUCGGCGAGGUGGAGGUGAGGGCGGGCGUCAGAGGACUCGGAGAGGGGCGCGCUCUCCCUGGCGAUCCCGGCACAGCCGCCGCGUCGGCAGCCAGCGUUAGCAGCCGCCGCCUCAGCUUCCUUCCGCAGACUCUCCUCGAGAGGCUGGCUGAACGGGUGUAGUUUUGGGAGAGGCUCCCGCUAGGGGAACCUAGCAAGGACGGGAGCCGGCGACCGCCUCCCACCCGGGCCGUCCGGCGAUCGGUGCCUGUCCGCGAGUCCGUCCCGGGUGCCGGAGAGCGGGUAUCAGUUUACGCCUCUGAGAUCGCACAGCUGCCUGGGGGCCGUGUGAUGCCCAGGGCAAGUCGUGGCUUUGAUUUUUAUUAUCGUUAUUAUUUUACGCUUGGCUUUCGGGAAAUACUCGUGAUGUUUUAAGAUAAAGGAAAUGACACUUUGAGAAAUUGGAGAAAGCGUAGAUGCGUUUUGUUUUUUGAGAGAAAACCCUUUCUAACCCUUCGCUGAUUUCAAGAGCUACACUCCUCCUAGUGAGGUGCGGAUUUCAGCAAGAAUAAAGGUGAAGGCGGGUCGCCAGAACCCUGGAGGGAAACCCUGACCGUUAGAGACCUUUUCAGAAGACCCUGCGAGGAAGAAAAUAAGAGACAGGGGAAAUUUUUUAAAAAUUAAAAAAACAAAGACUUAUAAUUACACGAGAAUCCUACAGACCUAGCCCUGGAGAAAGCCUCCUUCUCCAAAAUGGAUCUGUUUCCUCUCACCUGGGUUUUCUUAGCUCUCUACUUUUCAGGAGAUGAAGUGAGAGGCCAACCAGACUCACCCUGCGGAGGUCGUUUGAAUUCCAAAGAUGCUGGCUAUAUCACCUCUCCUGGUUACCCCCAGGAUUACCCCUCCCACCAGAACUGUGAGUGGAUUGUUUACGCCCCUGAGCCCAACCAGAAGAUUGUCCUCAACUUCAACCCUCACUUUGAAAUUGAGAAGCACGACUGCAAGUAUGACUUCAUUGAGAUUCGGGAUGGAGACAGCGAGUCUGCAGACCUCCUGGGCAAGCACUGUGGGAACAUUGCCCCGCCCACCAUCAUCUCCUCAGGGUCCAUGCUCUACAUCAAGUUCACAUCCGACUAUGCCCGACAGGGGGCAGGCUUCUCCCUGCGCUAUGAGAUCUUCAAGACAGGCUCUGAAGAUUGUUCUAAAAACUUCACCAGCCCCAAUGGGACCAUCGAAUCUCCUGGGUUUCCUGAAAAGUACCCACAUAACUUGGACUGCACUUUUACCAUCCUGGCCAAACCCAAGAUGGAGAUCAUCCUGCAGUUCCUGACCUUUGACCUGGAGCAUGACCCUUUGCAGGUGGGAGAGGGAGACUGCAAAUAUGAUUGGCUGGACAUCUGGGAUGGCAUUCCACACGUUGGCCCCCUGAUUGGCAAGUACUGUGGGACCAAAACACCCUCUGAACUCCGCUCGUCAACAGGAAUCCUGUCCCUGACCUUUCACACAGAUAUGGCAGUGGCCAAGGAUGGCUUCUCUGCACGUUACUACCUGGUGCACCAAGAACCACUAGAGAACUUUCAGUGCAAUGUCCCUCUGGGAAUGGAGUCUGGCCGAAUUGCAAGUGAACAGAUCAGUGCCUCAUCAACCUAUUCGGAUGGGAGGUGGACCCCUCAACAAAGCAGGCUCCACGGUGAUGACAAUGGCUGGACCCCCAACUUGGAUUCCAACAAGGAGUAUCUCCAGGUGGACCUACGCUUUCUAACCAUGCUCACGGCCAUUGCAACACAGGGUGCAAUUUCCAGGGAAACCCAGAAUGGCUACUAUGUCAAAUCCUACAAGCUGGAGGUCAGCACUAAUGGUGAAGACUGGAUGGUAUACCGACAUGGCAAGAACCACAAGGUGUUCCAAGCCAACAACGAUGCCUCCGAGGUGGUUCUGAAUAAGCUGCACGCACCACUGCUGACGAGGUUCGUCAGGAUCCGCCCACAGAGCUGGCACUCGGGCAUCGCCCUGCGCCUGGAGCUCUUCGGCUGCCGGGUCACAGAUGCUCCCUGUUCCAACAUGCUGGGGAUGCUGUCAGGCCUCAUCCCUGACUCCCAGAUCUCUGCCUCUUCCACCCGAGAGUACCUCUGGAGCCCCAGCACUGCACGCCUGGUCAGCAGCCGUUCGGGCUGGUUCCCUCGGAUCCCUCAGGCCCAGCCAGGUGAAGAGUGGCUGCAGGUGGACCUAGGAGCACCCAAGACAGUGAAAGGUGUCAUCAUCCAGGGGGCCCGUGGAGGAGAUAGCAGCACAGCAGUGGAGGCCAGGGCAUUCGUGCGCAAGUUCAAAGUCUCCUACAGCCUGAAUGGCAAAGACUGGGAAUAUAUCCCAGACCCCAGGACCCAGCAACCAAAGCUAUUUGAAGGCAACGUGCAUUACGACAGCCCAGACAUCAGAAGAUUCGACCCUGUCCCUGCCCAGUAUGUGCGUGUGUACCCAGAGAGGUGGUCGCCAGCAGGCAUCGGGAUGCGGCUGGAGGUGCUGGGCUGUGACUGGACAGACUCAAAGCCCACAGUAGAGACCCUGGGACCUACCAUAAAGAGUGAAGAUGCUACCACCCCAUAUCCCAGCGAGGAGGAGGCCACGGAGUGUGGGGAGAACUGCAGCUUUGAGGACGACAAAGAUUUGCAGCUUCCUUCAGGAUUCAAUUGCAACUUUGAUUUCCCCGAGGAGCCCUGUGGGUGGAUGUACGACCAUGCCAAGUGGCUCAGAAGCACCUGGGUCAGCAGCUCCAGCCCCAACGACCAGACGUUUCCAGAUGACAGGAACUUCUUGCGGAUGCAGAGUGACAGCAGGCGAGAGGGCCAGUAUGGGCGGAUCAUCAGCCCGCCGGUGCACCUGCCGCGGAGCCCUGUGUGCCUGGAGUUCCAAUUCCAAGCCACAGGCGGCCGUGGGGUGGAGCUGCAGGUGGUGCGGGAAGCCAGCCAGGAGAGUAAGCUCCUGUGGGUCAUCCGCGAGGACCAGGGCGGCCAGUGGAAGCACGGACGCAUCAUCCUGCCAAGCUACGACAUGGAGUAUCAGAUUGUGUUUGAGGGAGUGAUAGGAAAAGGACAUUCAGGAGAGAUCGCCAUUGAUGAUAUCCGGAUAAGCACUGAUAUCCCGCUGGAUAGCUGCAUGGAACCCAUGUCCGCUUUUGCAGGUGAGAAUUUUAAAGUGAAUAUCCCAGAGAUACAUGGGAGAGAGGGCUAUGAAGAUGAAAUUGAUGAUGAGUAUGAGGUGGACUGGAGCAACUCCUCAUCCCCAACCUCAGGGGCUGGAGACCCCUCGGCAGACAAAGAAAAGAGCUGGCUCUACACACUUGACCCCAUCCUCAUCACCAUCAUCGCCAUGAGCUCGCUGGGUGUCCUCCUGGGGGCCACCUGUGCGGGGCUCCUGCUCUAUUGCACCUGCUCCUACUCAGGCCUGAGCUCCCGAAGCUGCACCACACUGGAGAACUACAACUUCGAGCUCUACGAUGGCCUCAAGCACAAGGUCAAGAUGAACCACCAGAAGUGCUGCUCAGAGGCGUGAUGGAUUGCACCUGAAUCACACCUGACGUUUCAUUCCAGCAAGAAGGGCUGGUGAAGAUUACAUUUUUUUCCCUUUGGAAACUGAAUGCCAUAAUCUCGAUCAAACCGAUCCAGAAUACCGAAGGUAUGGACAGGACAGACAGGUGAAUGGAGAGAGGAAGGAAGAUGUAGCCUCAGAGGGGAUCAUAACCCACCUAGGACCAUGGUGGUUGAGUCAUUGCAAAACAGGGCCACAUGCUCCGCUGGGACAAACACGGGAGCUCAUCUCUUUGUGGUCAUAGUUCUACUUCGUUUGUGAGCUUGUCAUUCUUAUUAAUUAUAUUUCAUUUCUUUGGUCUGUAAACAACUCAAAGAGGCAGAAGAGAAGAAUGACUUCUUCAACAGAAAAGAGGGACAGUGAUCAAUGGAUACUCUCUGCUUUCUCUUUCUAAUCAACACUUGAAAAGCAAAGGGUCUUUUCAGCCUUUCCAUCUUUAGAAAUAAAACUUUAAGAAAGCCACCCAGCUUAUCCCUUCCUCUGAUGGUCUUAGGAUUUAAGGGAUUUGCUGUGGUAUGCAUUCUGCCAUCCACCCCUCCAAGCUGCCAUUUCCGGUCCUAGCAUCUAAAUAGGAUGUUGUUGCCUUUAACUUUUUUAUCCAGGGGAAAAUUGCCAUUUUAGGGUCAGCUUGAGCAGCUCUUUCUUAUAUAGGAAUUUAGAGAAGCAAGAAAAGAAACUUCACACUUCAAAACCCAUAGGUGCACCUGCAUGUUAGAAGUGGACAAGCCUUAAAGUGCUUUGUGAAUAGGAGCCAUUUGUUGAACUUAGACCCAGAGCUUGUGGCUGUGGGGUGUCCCUUUGGGGGCCUCUGCUGAUGGUUUUGCCUUUUCUUUUCCCUCUUCCAUGUUCUUCUAGAGUCUAUAUAUAUUUACAUGUGCGUGCAGCACAUGCCCACACACACUCAUGCACACACAUUUUUCAGGUCUCUAAGUGCCAGGAAAUAGCAGUGUUUGAUAUUGUCAGAGGCAGGUGAGAAAAGAUGGGCCCUUGGUAUGUUUUCUCCAUCAGUGAGGUGUUAGCUGGUGAAAAGAACAGCUGGAAAAGGAUGGAGGAGACACCUGAGCUUUGGGUUAAUGCACGGGCAAAGGCUGAGCAGUAUGGACAGAGACAUUUUGAUUUCUCCUUUGGGCAACUGCCACCACUCCAGCUCUUGGGAGAGUCAGGGCACAGAUGUGCAAUAACUGGUUCUAACUAGAAGUCUGUAAAUACUGGGGCCUGAGCAGCUCGCUAACUGCUUCAGCCCCAGAGAGGCUUAGAUUCUUAUUCAUACAUGUACCUGCACCCCCCCACAUCAAUUUAUGUGUUUUUUAUUAAGUGCCUUGAAAAAAAUGAAGAAAAAUGUACUCUCCCUCUGCGUAGAAAUAAUGACUAUCUUAAAAGUUAAGGCAUCCCUCCUUCCUAACCUCAAUGGCUCCAUUCCCUGUUCCCUAGACUCACUGCUGAUCCUACUGAUGGAAUGAGCCCCACUACCCAAAGGGUAGUCUUAGCCCUAGAUGAGGCUCAACUACUCCAGAAAGAGAGGCAUUGGGAAUAGAAGGAAACUAUGUAAAGGAUAAAAUUGUCCACAUCAAGAUUCAAGUCUUGAUUUUGUAUUAAUGCCUAAGAAUUGCCUGUGUGCUGGAAAUACAUCAAAAAUCCAACCAGGAUGUCCAGCCUGUUGCAUAUCAAAGGCAACCGGUCAGACCAUUUUUGCUGCUAUGGUCACCCACAAUUCCAUUUGUCUCACACCCAGGUGAAAGGGAAAGGGUGAAUGGCACCGGCUAGUUCCUUUACAUAUUAAUUUAUGAAAAUGCUAGUUCAAAUGGUGAUGUCACAGUGUUUCGUAUGCAGAGAGGGAGAAUUCAUAUUGACAGCUAUUUAUUCACAUGUGUGUGUCUUUGCGCGCCUUUGAGCUCUCUGUGUCUACUGUGUAUGUGAAUGGUCACGUGGGACUCAGUGGUGGUGUUGUGAUGUUGACCUAGGGCCCGAGUGUAACUUCUGAUCUCAGCACUCGUUGGCACAGUGAUAGUUAGAGG